CGUUGCCCUGGCCCCUGCCCCUCUCGCCGGCCCGGCCGGGUUGCUCCGUCAUCCGCCCAGGCUGCUGCCGGCCCGCGCCUCCGCUGCCAUCGGCUGCCCGCGCCUGCACCCUUCCCAGGCUCCCCGAGCCGCGCCUGCACCCUUCCCAGGCUCCCCGAGCCGCGCCUGCACCCUUCCCAGGCUCCCCGAGCCGCGCAGCCGGCCGAGGCCCAGGGCUCCCGGUAUGAUGCUCAAGGCCUUCUUCCCCACAUGCUGUGCCUCAGCAGACAGUGGGCUGCUGGUGGGUCGGUGGGUUCCAGAACAAAGCAGUGCUGUGGUCCUGGCUGUGGUGCACUUUCCUUUCAUCCCCAUCCAGGUUAAGCGGCUCCUGGCACAGGUGCAGCAGGCCAGCCGGGUCGGUGUGACCGUGCUGGGCACCUGGUGUCACCACCAGCAAGAGCCUGAGGAAGGCCUGGGCCACUUCCUGGAGGGCCUGAGUGCCAUCUUCACCCAUGAGCCCUGGUUGCAGCUCUGUCGGGAGAAGGGCAGCAGGGCCUGGAGCUGCAGGGCCACGCACCAUCAGGUGCCUGCCACCCCGGGCACCCCCAGCGAGGACCAGGUCAUGCUCAUUUUCUACGACCAGCGAAAGGUGCUGCUGUCCUGGCUGCAUCCGCCUGCGGUGCUGCCUGAUCAGCAGGCCGGAGAUGCCACAGCCAGUGCUGGGGGUCUGGCUGCUGUCUUCGACACAGUGGCGCAGAGUGAGGUGCUCUUCUGCGGUGACCGGUACGAUGAAGGGCCUGUGCGGCUGAGCCAUUGGCAGUCAGAGGGUGUGGAAGGCAGCAUCCUUGUGGAGUUGGCAAAGUGGGCCUCGGGGCCCCUCUGUCUGCUGCUGGCCUCUCUGCUCUCGCUGGUCUCUGCUGCCGGUACUUGCUGGCUGUGGAGGCUGUGGCCCCUGCCUUUCAUUGGGAGCAAACUCUACACCUGCGAGCAGCUCCGGCACAGACUGGAGCAACUCACGCUUGUUUUCAGCACUGAGAAGGCCCAGAGCCCCUCGGAGCUGAUGAGGAAGGCCAACACGUUGAUCUCUGUGCUCAUGGAUGUGAUCCUUGGCCUCCUGUUGCUCUCUUGGCUCCACGGCAAUAACCGAAUUGGGCAGCUGGCUGAUGCCCUCGUGCCUGCGGCUGAUCAUGUAGCCGAGGAGCUCCAGCAUCUCCUGCAGUGGCUGAUGGGAGCUCCGGCCGGGCUCAAGAUGAACCGGGCCCUGGACCAGGUGCUAGGCCGCUUCUUCCUGUACCACAUACACCUGUGGAUCAGCUACAUCCACCUCAUGUCCCCCUUCAUUGAGCGCAUCCUGUGGCACGUGGGCCUCUCGGCCUGCCUGGGGCUGACCGUCGCCCUGUCCAUCCUGUCAGACAUCGUUGCUCUCCUCACCUUCCACAUCUACUGCUUCUACGUCUACGGUGCCAGGCUCUACUGCCUGAAGAUCUACGGCCUGUCCGCUCUCUGGCGUCUGUUCCGGGGGAAGAAGUGGAAUGUUCUGCGCCAGCGUGUGGACUCCUGCUCCUAUGACCUGGACCAGCUCUUCAUCGGGACUCUGCUCUUCACCAUCCUCGUCUUCUUGCUGCCCACCACCGCCCUGUACUACCUGGUGUUCACGCUGCUCCGGCUCCUCGUGGUCACGGUGCAGGGCCUGAUUCAUCUGCUUGUGGACCUCAUCAACUCGCUGCCUCUCUACUCUCUUGGCCUUCGGCUCUGCCGGCCCUACCGGCUGGCAGCUGGAGUGAAGUUCCGAGUCCUGGAGCACAAGGCAGGCAGACCUCUCUGCCUCCUGAUGCAGAUAAACCCCCUGCCCUACAGUCGCGUGGCGCACACCUACCGCCUCCCCAGCUGUGGCUGCCCUCCCAAGCACUCCUGGGGCUCUCUGUGCCGCAAGCUGUUCUUUGGAGAGCUUAUCUACCCCUGGAGGCAGAGAGGGGAAAAGCAGGACUGAGCGGCCCGUCUCCGCUCACGGCCGUCAUCCCUCUGCUGGUGGCAGCCGUCACAGCCGCCAUCCUUCUCUGCCAGAUGGCACUGGUCUUGGGAACAGUGCGGACCCACACAGGGGCCAACCAGAAUGGCCCUGUUCUCUGUGUGAGUGGGCCUUCUUCCCGAAUCCCUGACCUGGCUCCUGGGCUUCUCCGAAGGCCCUGCCAGCCUGUGCUGACCCUCCUGUACCGCCUGCCUGGAGACCUGGCUUCUAGGAGGUCUGCCGUGGCACACACUCUUAUCCCGGGGCCCAGCAGCCCCCAGCCCCUGCGUGACUGUCCCCCUGGCCCUGCGGUCACCGGCCAGACGGGCCCUGGGGCCUUCCAGAUGCCUCCCUGGAAUGCCUCCAUCUGAGGGAUUGAAGCAGUUGCUGACCCCCAGGCCUGGUGGACCAGACCUUCCCACCCCGAAUCUUGCUGGGCUCGUUGGUGCUCCCCUGAGGUCGCUUUGUGGAGAGCUGCUGAUAGACCAGUGGCUAUCUUUUUGUGUGGAGCCAGGCCUUGUGAGGUAGCCCAGGCUACCUAUUUGGAAACUGGAUGCCUGCCCACCUGGCUGGCCCACCCUGCCCAGUCCCCCUGGGACAGGUCCUUUGGUAAGACCUUCCAUCUCCUGUCACUGGCUUCCUGCUUCUGCAGCCCAGAGUAUGAAUUGCCCUGGGUGAUCGUGGCUGGGCUACCUGCCCAUCCAUCGCCAGAUCCCAUGUGAGGAGAGGAGGCUGAGGGUGCAGUGCCAAGUGGUGUGGAAGUGUCCACGUAGGGGGAAGGGCAGUGCGUCCUGCUCAUCCAGUAGGCCUCAGGAUUGUCUUCUUCCCAUACUCCUUUGCCACAGACCUCAGCAACUCAAAGCCCCUGGUCCAGCACUGGUGGGGAUGGGUCUGGACCCUGACUUUUACCAUGUUCACAAUAAAACCUGCUAUGAGCUUGGA